UAUUUGUCUUCUGCUUGCUACAAAAUCAAAUACCCCGAGAACUUUUUUCUUCUUAGAGGAAACCACGAAUGUGCUUCUAUUAACAGAAUCUAUGGAUUCUAUGAUGAAUGUAAACGUCGAUUCAGUGUGAGACUCUGGAAAGUGUUUACAGAUUCUUUUAACUGUCUCCCCGUCGCUGCUGUUAUAGAUGAUAAGAUAUUAUGUAUGCACGGUGGGCUUUCUCCCGAUUUGACCAAUGUGGAAGAGAUUAAGAACAUUAAGCGACCUACCGAUGUUCCAGACUCUGGUUUGCUCUGUGAUCUGCUUUGGUCUGAUCCAAGCAAAGAUGUCAAAGGUUGGGGGAUGAAUGAUCGUGGAGUCUCUUACACGUUUGGGCCUGACAAAGUCGCCGAAUUUCUAAUAAAGAAUGAUAUGGACCUCAUCUGCCGUGCCCACCAGGUUGUAGAGGAUGGGUAUGAGUUUUUCGCCGAUAGACAGCUUGUUACGAUAUUUUCUGCUCCCAACUACUGCGGUGAAUUUGACAAUGCUGGUGCUAUGAUGAGUGUUGAUGAAAGUUUAAUGUGCUCUUUCCAAAUUCUUAAGCCUGCUGAUCGAAGGCCCCGGUUCUUAUGAAGUAAA